ACUGCUAGUUUGUGUAGUACUAACAGUCUGUGAAAACAUCUGAUCUAACCUAACUUAAUAGCUUUUUUCAAUAAUAACUCGUUCACUUUCUGUUACUAAUUCUUGGACAAAUUUCAAUUGUUUAUAAUGAAUUUGCCUCAAGUAUUGAUUGUUAGUACGAAAAAAGGGAAAGCUAAAGAAAUCGCAGAAAAUAUAGGUGCAGAACAAUUAUCUGAGGAAAAUGACAUCAUGGAUUAUCAAUGGAAUAUUGAUAACAAAUAUUACACAUCACAAUUAUUAAUACGCACUAUAGAAAACAUAUCUUAUGAACUCCCAGUACAAGGAAUCAAGGCAUUGAUCAUAUAUCAUGAUACACAGGCAAAUAAUGCGGAUCAAGAACUAGAGUACCUGACAUCUUUAACUCAUUCAUUAUUAACAACAGCAGAAGUAUUUUUAUUUUCCUGCAGUGCAAUAACUGACAUACUUCUACGAGACAAAGUGCUAAAUUGGUGUUUACACAACAAGUUUGAGCUAGUUGAAUUAGAUCAAACAGAAGAUUCAGAAUCCGAUGCAGAGGGUAAUAAAUAUGGCAUUGAAAGAAUCAUAGAGGCUUUACAUGCUCACACAUGGCCUGAUAUUGUAUUUAAAACUACAGCGAAUGUAGGUGAAACACUCAAAGUAAAUGAAAUUGAAGAACAAUUUGAAAAUAUUCGAUUAACGCGUGAUCCUUCCGAAAGAUUAUGUAUGCAGGACAUGCUUAAUGGCAUUAUGGGUAAUGAAAAUGCAGAUUUUGGAGAUCUACUUGGUCAACUUAUGGCCAUGAAAGAACAUGCAGCAUCUCUACCAACAAAUGAAAGACGCGUAAUGGCUGAACAAGUAGUCACUGCUUUUUGGAAAGCUAUGGGUGGCGAUCUUUUAGAAAUCGAGGAUUAAAUUUAAAACUCAUGUCGAUAUAAUGUUUAGAUUAAAUAUACAUUGCUUCAGUUGGCUUUAAAUUGAUUUACAAUGUAAUAAAAAGCUAAAAGUAAUAAAAUGUAAUUACAUAAAGAUUA